GAUGCGUAUGGCCGAGGAGAAGGAUCUCAUACACCACUGCUAUUGAUGCUUGCGCAAAUGCGAGAGAGUGGCAGGCGGCUGUGUAUGUGCUUUUCUUGCACGCUCUUCCAGACGUGCAGAAAGUCAUCGCUCCUUUCAAUUCUACAAUCAAUGCUUCGUGCAAAGCCGAGCGCUGGGUCAUUGCGCUCAAUUUGUCAUCAAUAGCCAGAGAUCGCGGGCUGCGACCCGGCCAACUCACUUUGAACCUGCUCACACGAGUUACCGCUCGAGGUCGUCAAUGGGAGCGAGUCCUAAGACUGCUUCAAAGUGUUGAAAUGUAUUCGGUCGCUGAUCGCUUCACAUGGACGGCUGUGGCUUUGGCUCUCAGCAGCUCUGCAUGGAUGUUGGCACUCGAGCUGCGGGCGAGUUUCAGUACCUCCUCAGCUUCAGCAGCUGUGUUGCAGGCCUUUCGGGAGCACCCGUGGCAUAAAGCCCUGCAGCUCCUGGAAGUCGAAAGGCGUCGUCGGAUUUUGCCUGACGUUCUUGCAUACGAGGCUGUCAUUGAGGCUUGCAGGACCCAACCUAUCCAAGCCGUGAUUCACUUACAAUGCAAACUGAACUACCUUGCAAUUGAGAACUUGGAUCUACUUCAUUGAGUCUUGCAGACCUUUGCCCACGCCGACGACAUGAACAUACAUGAACCAGAUUAGAAAGACCAUGACAGACCUGAUUGGCUUGGCUGAGCUUUCCACCAAUUCAGGCAUGAGCUGAUGGAUCUGAUGGCACCAGCUGACACAGGAUGACACAGGUCACAAAGAAUGCAAAGAAUUCAAAGAAUUCAAAGAAUCCAGAUGACGAGGAUGACGUCUUCAGCUGUGCUUUCAGCUGUGCUCCUGGAUCAGUGGCUCUUUUCCACUUUUCCACGAUGAUGCAUCAAUCCGUCUACAAGAUGAGAGUAGCCACGAGGUUGCUUCGUUCUCUUGCGCUUGUGAGACAGUCCAUGAGAUGACGGCAGACAAUGACUGCGUGAUGCCCUUUCAGUCUUGAUCAGCAGUCACAAACGCUAACCGCCAAGUCAUGCACACGAUCUUUCACUUGGCCUAAAAGGGUCAAGUCCCUUUUGCGAG